AUGUUAAAGUCACAUGAACUGGUUUUAAUUCUAGCGAGUCAGUUAGUACUCGUCUUUUCAAAUUUUCCACCAAAUCCAACUUACCUUCAAACUGCAUCUGGUGGACAAUUUUCAGUUCAAAACCACGAUGGUGUGAAAAGUGUUUCUUUUACUUACUCUGUAGAUAGUACUGAAGAGAAAACAGUUUUUGCCAGGCUUUUCGUUGAUGACAUCUGGCGACAAACAGUUACCAAUCUGACUCCGGAUAAGAACCUAUGUUAUUUCUCUACAAUGUAUUUUCAUAAUGGCAACUCUGUAUCCGAAACACAAGAAUGGAAACGCCGUAAGGUCGUAGACAAUGGUCAAAAAUAG